UUUUUGAUUUUCAAAAGGAUUAAUAUAUUUUUUCAUUUUACAAAUCCAUAUGCCAUUCAAUAAGUACGAACGUUGCGCACUUAAAUCAUUUUGAAAUUCGCGCCCUUAUCAACAGCUAACGAUCGUCGUUUGUUUUCUCGUUUCGAUAUCGACAAAUAGAUGAAUCGUUUAAUUUCUUGAUAAUUGUUUAGUAUAUCCACAUGCGUGCAAAUGCGUACGUCUGUUAACGCGUUCGUUCGUUGUUAUUGUGAGAAGAGUUUGAAUUCUGAUUGGCGUCUCUACAAAAUGAAAAACGUGCGAUAAACCAUUGAUUGAUGUAUAAUAAACUGAUAGUGACGAGUUUUCCGAGAGAAUGAUCGUUGAAGACAAUUCAAGAUUGCAUCAAUGUGUAACUAUGUUAUAAUCAAAUGUCCAGGAAAUUUUUAAACGUACUCGAGGAGUUCGGUCGAAUUUUUUUUUCUUUCUUUUUUUUUUUUUUUUUUAUUUUUUUCAUGGCGAAUCUUCAUACAAACAGGGGUGAAAUAUAUGAUCUGGCAUUGCAUAGCAUUUUUCACGACGAAAACUCCAUCGGCAUUAUUUUCCCUACCUUCUUUACUGCCGCUUCAUCCGUUCGUUUAUUAUGGAGAUGUUUCAGAUUCUUGGCACGUUCUUCUCAACAAGCACUCGUGCGUCUUGCAAGUUUACCAUCAAAUUGGAAUCGGCAGGAACACAAAAGAGGAGAAGUAGGUAAAGGAUCGUGUAAGACAGAUAGUGGAGAGUGGUCCUCGUGUUAACGUGGACUCUCUGAAGAGAGGAAAGGAAGAGCUUCUCGAGUACCUCUGUCGUGAAGUAGAGAAACCGUUCGAGUCAGGACAAGAGAGUCUGCCUAAUUUUCGAGUUAUUGUCUUUGGUGCAAACAACAAAAUCAACAAUGUGAAAGUUAAAGUGAAAGUUAAAGGAAACAUUGAUCUGCCAUACGAAAUGAAAAAAAGUAAAUUAUUCAUGAAGAAUAGAAAGAAAGAUAGAUAGACGGAAAAGGGAGACAAUUCACACAUUCGUUUAGAACGCGAAAUGGUCAAAAUAUUUUCCACGAGCUGGACGCCAAUAAGGGAACUAACGGAGCAUCAAUAACACGAAUAGCAGAAAAUGAAUAGACGAAUAAACGAAAAGAAUGAGAUAUCGAAUAAGCUUGUCGUUCGGCUAUCAAGGAGAAAAGAAAGAAACGGAACGACGUUUGAGGACGAAGUACGAACUUUGGCAGGAGCGCAAACUCGUUUUGAGGAGAGGACUCGCAGAGGGCGGCGGAGUUGUGUUGGGAGGGAGGAAGAAGCAGAGCCGGCUGGAAGGGCAGGCAGAGGUACGGUGGGGUGGGGAGAUCGUCAGGAUUGGCUUUUCAGGAACGUGAAACUCAGUAGUACGCUACCACCCACGCACGUAGUACGCACGUAGUUCGUUCCACGUGUUUCUCUUCCAUCGAAAGAUCAUAGUCAUAGGUGUAUCGACGUGUUGUCGAUCCGUUGACAUUGUGUAUUCUCGACAGUGUCAAGGACACGUGAAAGAGAGACAAAGAGAAAGAGAAAGAAAGAAAGGAAAAGAGAAAGAGAGAAAGAUCACAGAGAGAGAGAGAGAGAGAGAGAGAGAGAGAGAGAGAGAGAGAGGAGAGAGAGAGAGAGAGAGAGAGAGAGAGAGAGAGAGCGGGCAACCAGUUUGAGAAAAAUCCGUCUACGAAGAAAAAACAAUAGAAAGUUUUAAUUUUAAUAGAAAAAUCAAAGUAAGAUUAACAAUUGAAUAAGAAAGAUCGAUGAAAUUUAUAAUAAUAGAUUCGAUUAGUUUGAUUAAAUGUAUUUAGAAUCAAUCAAUCGGAUUAGAUUUAUUCCAUUAAUAUUAAAAAGAUAUAGAUUUAUUGGAUAUGUAUUAGAAUCUUGGAUAUUUAUUUUAAUUGUAAAUAUUUAUCAUUAAUGUCGGGCGAGAAUUCGGUGAUUUAACGAAAGAAAAAUAAGAUAAUUCGAUCCGGUCAAUCACGUGAAUUGUUUUUGAUAAGAGAUCGAGGGAAGUUGCGGGAAUAGUUUUUCUACUUUUGUUUUUCUAUUCUUUCAUUUUGUUGGUGGUUGUGCUGAGGAACGGGGAGGGGGCGGGGAAAGGAAGAUAAAGACUAGGAAAGCCGCCGGCAUGUAUCUUAAAUCGUUCGGAGAUGGUGCGUCUCGAUAGGAUCGAGAUAAAGGAGAUGAAUCGGGGUACUUCUGGAUCCCGAUACGAGUCCGAAGUAUUCCUUUGUCAUGCCGAAGUUUAAGAUGAAGAUACUACGUUGGAUUGUCGACUCGAAGAACGACAGUUACGAUCGUCGAUCUAAAAGAAAAAACAUUUGUCGAUCUUAAAGGAUCUUCCGGGGACAACAUCGUGGGAACGAACUUAAUACGUGUUGCUAUUAUCGAUCCACACAACAAUCAUGUCGAUGACUAACACUCAUGGCGACGAAUUGAGUCCAACUCGACAGCCGAGACAGAGUAGAAUUCAUAGCGUCGGAUUACCAACACGAGCAUCUCUACUUCCGGAGCCACCACCCAACGAAAAUAAUGUGCCACCACCUAUUCCACGUCGCCAUUCAGCCACACCAACGGUAGCACCACCACCAAUACCAUUACGUCCACCGGCAAUACCAAAAAGAUCCAAAAACGAGAAACCAAUUCCAAUUAAAAAGAUUAAUGGUAACAGGCAACAAGAUGAUUCAUCAACGAAUCAACGAAUUAAUAAUGAUCCAACGUCGUCAUCAUCUUUGUCAUCGUCACCGACAACGGCUCGUCAUCUUGGUACUCCUACUUGGAAUCAGACGGUAACGAUCGAUGAGAAAUUGAUAGACCUUGGACCAUUUAGAACGCAUACUCAACCGUCCACCGAGGAUUUCUCUUUGGCUUUUGAAUCGAAGGACGUGGUCAGCACCAAUGAGAACGGUUUCAUUGCUAACUUCGGCAAAGUCAAUUUCCCGGAUGAGGAAAAGCUUGAGAAUCGAAAAUCUAGCCUCGAUGAACUUCGAAAGGCUUCGCGAGAUCUUGAGAAGAACCUUCACGAAAGGACUCUCAAGAACAACGAAACUAAGUUCGAUGAUAUAUUAGGUGAUAGAGAAGAGAAUAGACAACGACAAAAUAUCCCUUCUCAAAAUGACAGACAAGAACACCCAAGAGGAAAGUUCAGGAAAGAAGAGAAAAGCAUCGAGGAUAGCAUAGAGGAGGAAGUAUUGGAGGGAAUAUCCGAAGAAGAAAUGUCUGAGUCUCCUUCUAGAGACACUUUUCAGGAGGAACGAAAGUUCGUAGGACUGGUUAGAUCGUAUAGAGAAGAAGAGAAAAGAUCUAAGUUUGAGGAACUUCAAGCAGCCUCGAAGAAUCUCGAACGACGUCUUCAGAGUAAAAACGAGGAGGAUGAUCAACGUCGUUAUAGGGAUAUGGAGAGACGUUUGAACAAAGAUAGGUCAAUAUCUAGAUACGAAGAUCUUCCAAGGGUAUCACAAGAAUUAGAAAGACGAAUAUUGUCCGAUCAAAGAUCUAUCGUCGAUCAAUCGACGCGUGGAAAAUAUGAGACCGAUAUGGAAAGGGCCAGGAACAUGUUACAACAUAAUUCGAGAAAGGAAAGAUCUGGUAUCGAGAAAUUAGAAAAAUUACCUAAGGCAACGCAAACGAAUCUACCUCCGCCUCUUAGUAGUACGAUUUGUCAAAAUUACGUGCCAAAACCAAUCAGUGUCAGACAGGAUAGCAACGUUUCAUCCGAUAGUUUUAGUCAAACCAGUUCACCAAGUUACACAAACAAAACUAUGGAAGCACCCUUGCUUCCACAUAAAUAUGGAAAAGUGCCAGAUAGAGCUUUGGUUCAUGAACCUGAAAAUUCAUCGGGUAGGCCAAUAACAAAAUCUACAAGUACACCGGCUAGUCUACAAACGAUCGUUAGAACUCAUGGUAGCAACAGUACAUCUUUGCAUCAUAAGAUAAUCAAGGAUAUGGCUAAUCGUCAUUACGUAACAAGAGGAAGAUUCAAAUACGUGCAAUUAUUGGCCAAUAUUGUUGCCCUUUUAGCUAUUGUUGCUGGAUUGAAUGCAUAUUAUAAAACGUAUCCUGAAACUGCCAUAAGAUUCGAGAAUAGAACGGAAUAUACGAGAGCCAUUACGGUAACCGAACCAACGCGUUCGAUAAUACAGGAAGAAGAAGAAGAGAAAAAUCCUGCACCGGGUGUCUGUUUACCGGUGAUAGUCAACUUUUGUCAAUAUCACAAGGUUCCUUACAACUUCACGGUCUUUCCAAAUUUUAUGGGUAACUUCGGUCAACGGGACGCUCAACAAGAAUUGCAAUUAUACAAGUCCGUCGUAGAUGUUAGGUGUUACGAAUUGGCAGCUUUAUUUCUAUGUAGUAUCUUCGUACCGAAGUGUGGAUCUCGUGGUCAUUUGGUCCGACCUUGUCGUAGUCUCUGUUCUGAAACUAAAAGGCGUUGUGGUUUCUUUCUCGAAGUCUUUAGCUUGGCACUACCGGAUUAUCUCGAAUGUGAUCUAUUUCCGGAAAAUGAUAAUCCAGAUGUCUGCGUGGGCCAUUUUGAAGUGAUAGAAACAAACGCGAGAGCUCAGAAACCGGUAUGCACCAGUGGUUUCCAAUGCGACGACAACCGAUGUAUACCGGUUGAUUGGCGAUGCGACGGUCAUCUGGAUUGCGCCGAUCAUAGCGACGAGAUCGGGUGCGGCGAGUGUGGUUCCGUUUCCUUGUCAAAGUUUAAUAAUAGUAACAAAGGAGAUAAAAGGAAAUUUACUCUGUCGAAGAGUACUCAAUCAAAGGCUACUUUACAUUGCGGCGAAAGGAGAUGCAUGUCAGCUAGUCAUAUUUGCGAUGGAGUUAUGGAUUGUCCUUGGGGACAGGACGAACGUUAUUGCUUAAAACUGAGCCAAAAAAAUGGUGACAUUGGUAAAGGACUUCUUGAAGUUUAUCACGCAGAAAUGGGUAAAUUUAUGCCAGCUUGUAUACCACCAAAGAUGCACGUCACCGCACAAGCUAUUUGUUCCCUUCUAGGCUACACUGUCGCUCUUUCAUCGGAUUUUUCUAACAAAGAUGGUAACCUGACUAUGAUUCAAGCCUUCAAUGAAUCGAAUCAGUAUCGGAGAUUAACACCAAAGCGAAGUUUAUUGAAAAAAUUUCAAGCGUGUGUAAAAGAGGAUGAGGAUUAUCCGACAGUAAAACUCACUUGUUCCGAAUACGCAUGUGGAAGGAGGUUCCCGCUUUAUGGUAAUUCAAAUGUUAAAACAAGAAUCGUCGGUGGCGUAGAAGCAUCACCAGGUGAUUGGCCCUUUUUAGCAGCACUUUUGGGUGGACCCGAACAAAUUUUUUAUUGCGCUGGUGUACUCAUUUCCGAUCAAUGGGUUUUAACCGCAUCACAUUGCGUCGGAAAAAAAAAUAUUUACAGUCUUUCGGAUGUAUCCGGUUGGACAAUUCAAUUGGGUAUUACCAGAAGACACAGUCACACAUAUCUUGGACAGAAAUUAAAGAUCAAAAGGGUUAUUCGUCAUCCUGAUUAUAGUUUAGGUGUCGUUCAUGAUAACGACGUUGCUUUGUGUCAGCUUGAAAAACGUGUUCAAUUUCAUGAACAUUUGAGACCAGUAUGCCUACCUAAUGCUACAACCAAUCUUGCUCCUGCGACACUGUGCACAGUAAUUGGUUGGGGUAAGAAGAACGACACACAGGAAGCUGAAUACGAACCGGCUGUAAAUGAGGUACAAGUUCCUGUUUUAAACAGACAGGUUUGUAAUAUGUGGUUGGCUUACAAGGAAUUGAAUGUAACAGACGGUAUGAUAUGCGCUGGUUAUCCAGAUGGUGGGAAGGAUGCUUGUCAGGGCGAUUCUGGAGGGCCUCUGUUAUGUCAAGACAAAGAUGACAAAGAGAAAUGGUUCGUGGGUGGAAUCGUAAGUUGGGGUAUAGAUUGUGCCCGGCCAAAGUUACCGGGUGUUUAUGCCUAUGUACCAAAAUACGUCCCAUGGAUUCGAAAUGAAAUGGCCAAGUAUUCUGAAAAGGACGAGCCAUAAUGAAAGCAGUUCUUUCAGACAUAAUUGAAAUAUUAUUCGAAAAAGGGAAGGUAUUUCUUUUUGAAGAACGUAUCUUAUAAUAAGUUCUUUAAAACAGUUCAGGAAAAACAAAUGGAGAAAUAUUAAAUAUAUAUCUUGGAAUAGCAAGAUGAUAAUGAGACAAUAAUCAUGGGGAAAAAAAAAAAAAAAAAAAAAAAAAAGAAAAAUAUUUAUAUACCCGGAGUUUGAAUUGUAAACAAAUAUUUUCUGCAAAUUUUAACGACCCCUUUCUGAUUAAUAUAUGGUCGUUAAUAUUUUAACGUUAAUUAAUUUUGGAGAGAAAAAAAAAGUUACGGGACGUCGUUUUUUUUUAAUUAAAUCAUACGCCUAAAAAGGAUUUACAAAAAUUCAAAGUGAAUAUAUUUUAUACGUUAUAUCAAGAUUAGAAUACUGCUGCUUUUUUUUUCUUCUUUUUUUUUUUUUUUAUAUGUUUCGAAGCAUUAACGUAAAACCUAUACGACAAUCGUUUUCGAGCUUCUUUCCUACAGGAUAUUUUCAUAAACUAUAAUAUUGAAGGAAUUGUGGACUAUGUUUUAAUAAAAAAAAUCCUGUUCAAUUUGUAGAUUUCUCUCUUUGUGGAGUCACAGUGUAUCCAUUUUUUACAGACGUUUUAAGAUUGUUAUACGAGAUAUUGUCCGUAAUUUAAGGGGGGUAUAAAAGUUAUGGGAAAUAAAAAUUAGAAUUGUGCAAGUGAAUAUAUCUGAUUCAAUUGGAUGCUAGUGAUGAUGAUGAUGACGAUGAUAAUGAUAAUGAUAAUGAUAAUGAUAAUAAUGAUGAUGAUGAGAAGACUAUGAUUUUGAGAAUGGAAGAGUGUUCCUCGAAACGAGAGUGUCGUUUAAGAGAGAGAGAGAGAGAGAGAGAGAAAGAAAAGAAAGAAAUGGCAAUUUUAGAUUACAAAGAAAAAAAACGAAAAAAAAAAAGAAAAAAAAAAGAAAAAGGAAAAAAAAAAAAAAAUAUUUCAAUUAGAACGAAGAAAAAUGAAAUAAUUGGAAACAUAGUAGUGUUUAUAGAUUUUCUCGUAUAGUGAAACUAUAUUAAGCUUAUUGCGUGAAUGCGAUUGACCCUUCUCCCAUAAAGUUGAAGUUCAGAUAAUGAGAGUAAAACGCGUUGCCAUUUUUUUAGAAAAAAAAGAAAGAAAAAAAAAAAAAAAAAAAAGAAAAAAGAAUAAAAAAAAAAUCAAUAUGAUAUAUAAAAGUUUAAUCGAUGCGUAAAAAUGUACCUUUGGUAUUGAGAAAUGAGAUUAGUAAGAUUAAUGAAGAAAAUUAAAAAUAUAUUCGCGCAUCUAAUGCGCCUAAAAACAUUUUUUAACGCUAUCACCAACUUUUAACGUGCCAGGUUGUAUUAUAGACCACCAAGUGGUCAAAAUCAAUCCUUUAUAGAAUGCGCGUGUGUGCGCGCGUGCGCGCCCGAGCGCGCGCGCUUUUAAAGGGACGUCAAUAUUUAUUUGAUAUUUUUCUUCUAUCUUUUUUUAAUCUUUUUUCUUUUUUUUUUUGUAUAUGUGUAUUUAUAUAUAUUUCUUAUUUUUUUUUAUUUUUUUUUUUUUUUUUAUUAAAACAUUGCCAAUGAUCAUUCUUUUCAACGAAGAUUGACAAACGUAAUCGAUUAUUAAAGAAGAAAGAUUGGAAAAAAUUGAUAAUGACUACCUGUGUGUGUAUGUGUGUGCGUGCGUGUGCGUGUGUGUGUGUGUGUGUGUGUGUGUGUGUGUGCGUGUGUGUGACAUAAAAGAAAAAAAGAAAAAGAAAAAAACUGUACUUUUAUAUAAAAGUAUUUUUAAUGGUUAACACACAAUGCAAGUAGAGUAUCUAUCGUAUAAUUGCAUAAAAUGCAGUAUAGUAUUAAAAAAAAAAUAAAAUAAA